GGAAGUUAAGACUGAAGAAGGUAUUGUCAGUUUAAAAGUUUUUCAUUUGAAUUCAGUGCUAUUUAUAACAGAUAUAUAGAGCCUGAAUUUUAUUCAUAAUAGCUUCAUUUGUCUUGAAACUAAAAUCAAUUGGAGGUUAGAAAAAUUCAUAAGUGGAUCUUUCAUUUCGGCGAUGGAGCCUAUACUUUUGGAAGAUUCUCAAAGGAGUAAUGUAUCUACCAAUCUAAUGAAUCUUAUGAAAGUUUUUGAAGAACAAGAGAUAAAGCCUAGUAAAAGUGAUUUCUUGGUAGGAUGUGUGUACAUCUUCAUGCUGGAAUGUGGAUUUAUUCCUAAGGAAAAGGCGAAUACUUACAGUGAUAGUGAGUUUAGUUACAGAAGAAUAAAGGAACUGAUUCCUGAUUUUCGAUGGAAAAAGGCAAAUGAGAAUACUUACUGCUUAUCGUUCAUUUUGGAACCAUAUCAAUUAUAUAUUUGUGAAGUCUUAUGUAUAAAAACAGGAGAUGAUCUAGUAAUUAAUGCAAUUGUUCGCAAUAUUGAAAAUGCAUAUUCGAGUAUUAUGCUUGAUAUUCUAUCAUUCUAUACUGAUGGUGCAAAUCAAAACGCCAAUUUGAAGAAUAUCCAAAAUCUGAGACUAAUGUCCACUUUAUUCAAAGAACAAAUUGCUUUUCCUAUAAAACAUGCCAUACUGAGGAUAGUAGAACAUAGACAUCCAUCUUUAGAAGAUUUACCACCUGAAAUUAUUCUUGAAAUACUUCAAUACUUGCCUGGAAUGGAUAUAGUUCGAUUGACCUCCACCUGUAAACGUUUUUAUAUAAUCAGACAAGAAGUCAGGCUAUGGGAACAUUUGUUAGAGAGAGACCAUAAUAUUUCUAUGAAGGGUGAUAAUUAUAUCUAUUUAUUUAAAAAGUAUGGAAGUUUUCGUAAAUCAUCUUCUCAUCACCUGGAUUAUGUUUGGACCACAAGAUAUAAUUAUCGAGCCUCGGACAAUGUAUUGCAUUGAGUGCAGUCAAGCAAAUGUUUUCUUCUAAAGGAAGUAAUGAAUUUUUAUAAGGAAAUGCAUUCAUUGAAAUUUAAAUUGUAUGGAUUUUCAAGUAAAGCUAUUUUUGAACCA